UUUAAAGGUACAGGUGAAUGGUGAACUUCCUCACCUGGGAAACACAAAGUGAGCACCCACGCCGCGACUCGGGGAGUGUGGGACGAGGAGAGUGGGACGAGGGGGUGCGACACAGGGGAUCCAGGCGUUACACAGAAAUAUCUAUACACAGGCAGUGUGUGUAUGUGCUACCAUGAUGCUCCCGCAGUGCUGCACCGUGAUCGCUGCGAUAUUUGCAGUCUUCUCACUAUCAGUACAGACCGCGUCUGGGCAGUCAGCCGGCAGCAUUGACACAUGUAGACUGACGACGUCGUCUGUCGAAGAACAGGUUGUUACCGACGCUGUAUCGGGCUUCAAAUAUGUAUGGGCGACGCAAUGUGGUUACAGCAGCACUACACCAAGUGUCCCCAGUAUAGAAGUGAGGGGGACGACUCACGUCAGUGAUGCGGUGUUACAGAAGGCAGCUCGUCUCACUCACCUGAUGGUGUCAUUCAUGUCGCCAACGCUGUUCCGGCGUGUUGCUGCUAACGUUGCUGUGGGGAUCUACUACCGCCGCACCGAGGACCCCUCCGUCUUCCCCGAGUAUACGCCGACUCCAAACUGUAGAACUACCUGUACCGGCAACUGCAGCCUCACCUGCUCCGACCACGGCCUUCCUGUACUGUACGAGGUCGCCUACGGUGGCCGCUUGGUCGUUGUGCCGGCUCAAAAUGUCGAAUGUUCGAGUACGAAUCCCAAUCACUAUGAGAACCUCCUCGUGGCGGAAUUUAGUAGAUCCCUUUACAAGUAUGGCCUCACGGAGUCUCUCAAACAGAAGGUGCUUGACGCCAACAUGGACGCCCUGUCUGCCUGGGGGAGGACGAUUCCGGUGAUAGACUACUUCAGACAGGCGUCCCUCGCUUGGUUCCAGUCCACCAAACUGAACUCGGCAACAACAUACGGAAUGAACACGUGUCAGGGCUCGGCGUUGUGUCCCAGUGAAUGGUUCUCCAGAAAUAACAUGAAGCAGAAAGACAACAGACUCUAUGAUGCCCUCAACGAUAUAUACAACAACGAUCGUGCUUAUAUUCACGGGGGCGUUACACUGUGCGACUGGUGAUGUAGCAAUAUAUCCACCGUGCUAUCUGUGGUCACAAUUCUGGGGACGAUUCAGCAAUAAUAAACAUCGCAGAAUCACAUGAUGAUGUCAACGACUAACACAAUAUAUCGGCCAUUCUUCACGGGUUUGCAUCAACUUAGCGAAGUCAUUAAGAAUUGAAUGUCCACUUUGUGUGUUUGCACUGAAAAAUGAAUGAUGUCAAAGCGUUGUUCAAACUCGUGUGAACGAGCGAUU